UAUAUAUUUUUGGUGUGGGAGUUAAAUGAUUAAUGAAUUUUGCUGUUAAGAAAAGUAAUUAUAGUAUGAAAUUUGGGUUGUAAGUGCAGAUUGAUUUCUCCUCUUUCUCUAUUGAUUCUCUGCUGCCUGCUUCUCGAGCUUCUUCAGAAGGUUGAAGAUGGCGAAUCAAGGUGCGAAGAAGAGAAAAGAGGAGAACACUCGGCACAUGAGGAAUCUUCUUCGUUUCAUCAUCCUCUGCAAUGUUAUUUAUCUCUUGUUAAGAGCAGGCGUAUUCCAUGCAACAUUCACUUGGAAGCACUGGAUAGGCCUUAUUUUGACGUCAUUUGCCUAUUUCAUUCCUUAUCGACAACUUGCCUCAAUGUCAAAGCCUUCUUAUGGUGAUGAUGGUGAACUCUUCGAUGGUGGUUAUGAUAUGAGUACUACUGGUGUUUGUGGGUACUUACAUGAUGUGAUUUACAUUACUGGAUUUGUGCAGCUUGGAUCUAUAAUUUCAGACAAGUUUUGGUACAUUUAUCUAGUGAUACCUGGAUUUGCAAUCUACAAAUUAAUUGAUUUUGCCAAAGGGUUCCUACCGAAUGGUUCAGAGGGAGGUGAAGAAGAUGAAUUGACGAAGAAGAAAAGAGAAAAAAUGGAGAGGAAAGCUUCUAGAGGAAAAUUUGUUAAGACAAGAACCAGAUAAUAGCCUCUCCCAUAACCAUUUAACUUGGGCUUUUUUCUUUCAAAAUACACUGAAUUCAUGAUUUUGAUAGUAAAUUACUAAUUAAGUCUCAAUUUAUUUUCUUUAAUAAAUAAUACAUUUGCA